GUUCAAGUGUGUGUUGUGUUCUGAGAAACAGUUGAGAUCCAGAACUCGAUUGAUUGAUCCUCUCUCCCUACCAAUCUAUUUCUCUCUGAAUCCGUGGAACAGAUCGAAAUCGAUGAGCCCCCGACUGAUCCUGAGGAUGGGCCUGAUUUGCGGUUAAUUAUCCCGAUUCAUCACGCCAAGAUGUCGGGUUUGGAUCCCACAUACGUUUCUUUGUUGGGCUUGAGCGAGGCCUUUUUACAAGUGGGGGAUGUCAAACGGUCGUUGCAAUGCUUGCAAUCGGUGCUGGCGCUCAGUCCGCCCCUCACACCCACGCUCGAGGCCCGCACCCACCUCCAAUUGGGCGUGCUCCUCAAGCAACGCACGAAAAAUCGAGAUUUGGCCAAACAUCACGUGGAACAAGCCUGGUACCAAUCCCAAAAGAUAUCGCCCUUUGACGGGGAUGUCUUGUUCGAAUCCGGUGUGGUCUUGGCGCAAUUCUUCGAGGAGGAAGGUCAGUUCAAUCAUGUCAAACAAGUCUUGCGCAAAGGCAUCGAGCUCUCUCAAAAUCACAGCUACUGGCAUUGUCGGCUCCUCUUCCAAUUGGCCGGUAUUCACGCUGUGGAAAAGGAUUACGUGUCCGCAGUAACGGUUUUAGGUGCGGGUGUGGACUUUGCAUUUAUGGCCGGUGCCAAUUACACCAGAUUGCUCUUUAUGCUCAGCAAGACCAUGUUGCUUUUAUUGGAACGAAAAUACGCCGAAGCCAAUCCCAUUCUUCACACGACGGGUCCGAUGAUCGAGAAUUGGGUACAGCAAAACACUCAUCAAAAAGAGAUGGUAGCCAAACAGCAGAAAGAGUACUUGCAAAUGUUUUUCCUGGUUUUACAGGUCUGUUACUACCUGAUGGUUGGUCAGGUAAAAUCCGUGAAAACAGUCUUGAAGCAACUUCAACAAUCCAUCCAAACCAUUACGGCUCAGGGUUGGCCGCCAGAUGAAGAAAUGGUGUCCACCAACCCAGCUGAUAACUUCCAAUGGCUCUCCAAAGAUCACCUUUGCAUUCUCGUCUACUUGGUCACAGUCAUGCAUAGUAUGCAGGCGGGGUACAUGGACAAGGCUCAGAAAUACACCGACAAGGCCAUCGCUCAAAUCGACAAGCUCAAAACCGUGGAGAACAAGCCCAUCUUAUCUUCUUUUCAUGUCCUGCUCCUUGAACAUAUUAUCCAAUGUCGUUUGGUCACGGGCAACAAAGGAGGAGCCGUGCAGGAGCUUGGACAUCUCUGUCGAUUGCUUGAGGGCAAUCAUAUGCUCCUUCAACGACAUCGAGCCCAGCUUCACACGCUCUUGGGUCUUUAUGCCAUGAGCAUGAACCAAAUGGAUUGGGCUGAGACACAACUCAAUGCGGCCUUAAGGACGUCUCAAGAACGUGAGUUGUGGACCUUUGCGAAUUUGAAUCUUGCCAUCGUGUACCUGAGGAGUCGCCGAGACGCGGAUUUCGUGGCUCUGCUCGACCGGAUAUCUCCAGAGAGACUGCCUUCUCAAUCCCACAGCCUUCAAGCGGCAGCUUUUUAUAUCCAGGGAUUGCAGGCAUUCUUUGCUGCCAAAUACAACGAUUCCAAACGAUAUUUAAGAGAAACCUUAAAAAUGGCCAAUGCCGAAGAUCUCAAUCGCCUGACCUCGUGCUCCUUAGUACUUCUGGGUCAUAUUUUUUUGUCUCUAGGAAAUUCUCGCGAAUCCAUGAACAUGGUCACGCCUGCCAUGCAACUGGCCUCCAAAAUACCCGAUGUCAAUGUUCAAUUAUGGGCCUCGGCCAUUCUCAAAGACUUGUAUCGAAUGUCCGGUGAUCACAUGCGAGAGCAAGAAGGCCUUCAGAUGCAUACGAGUUAUUCCCAAGUCCUUUUGGAGGACCAUUUCCGUGCCACCCAAUUGCCCGAACACAACCUCAUUCAAUGGACGGAUGGACCAUUCCCUCAGUUUCCACCCUCAGCCCCUAUAGCCAAUACCACACCUCUUCAGGGAGGGGUGGCCAACCCGGUAGUGGGUGAUGGUAAUACUCAAUUUUAACUACUUGGACCUCAGAACUUGGAAAGAACGUGUUGCCCUUGUUGAACCCGAGAACUCAUAUGCAUUCAAACAUCUGGAUCAUCUAUCUAAGUAUAACCGGGAGUUAUUACUUGACCCGUAUUAUGACAUUUCCCCCCCCCAGUACAAAAUCAUGCUCGUGACGAAAUAUAUUCCCUAUUUUUGACAGAA